GAGCUGCUCGACUCCAUCGAACACCAGGGCAAGAUCGACUGCCGCGCGUCCCUCAAUUUCGCCAAAUGGUUCCAGGAAUCGUUGGUCCACGCUGCUGCGACAGGCACCCUCGACCCCAAUGCGUCUGGCUUCCUGGAAGACCUUUCCAGCUUGUGGUUCGGGGAUACACAGGAGAUCGAGGGGUGCAACUCCAUAGUGAAGCACGUGGGGAAACUAGCGCCGAACAUCGGGCUGCCACUGCUGUCGAGCCGCAUCACAAUCAAGAAGGCCGUUGCCAGACUCGAGUCGCCAGAGCAGCGCCGGGCUUUCCUGGAAGGGUGCGUCGCGGAUCAUGCCCAGGCUCUGCCGCUCGACGACGACGACCCUGGCCGCUGGGACAUGAUCCCGAUCCCCGUGCCUGGCCCCCUGCACGAUGCGCUCCCGGCGCCGCCCGCCGCGCCCGACCCCGCCGGGGCUGGCCCGCCUGCUGGGGCAGCGGCUGCGCCGGCGCCGGCGGCCGCCCGGGACCCAGCAGCGCUGGCGGCGGCCGCGCAGAUGCGCUUCGCCUGGAGGGUGUUCGCGCUGGCGAAGGCUGUUCUCGGGCCCGUGCACCCGAGCUGCCGUCGCGGGUUCUUCCUCGACCCGAUGCCGAUUGGCGGUGAUUCUGCGUGGGUGAUCUCGCACAAGUUUGGCAAUUGCGAGUAUUGGGUGGAGACGCUUGACAUCCACGUCGACGGGUCCACAGUUAGGCUGCGCAGCCCUCUGGCCCCGAAGCGCAUUCAGGAUGCGUGGUCUUGCAUGAGGCUGGCUGCGCUGCUCGCUGACUCGCAGGCUGACUCCGACGCCCCCGCCAUCCGCCUGGUGGUGCGCGAGCUGGAAUGGGGGGCGAACUUGGACGUUGCCGUCGCGAGCGAUGAGGCGGUGCUCUUGCUUGACUCUGUUCAGCUACGCAGGUGCCUGGCGCCCAUCCGCCGCAAGAAGAGGCCAGCUGGCGGCGGGGGCGGCGCUGGCGUUGCUGCGGGCGCCGAGGGGGGCGGCGACAACGACGGCGACGACGACAUUGCUGACGAGUAUAUCAUGUCUGAGGCGGCUGCAGACGACGAAGCCGCGGAGGACGCGGACGACGAUGGCCACCGACUGUUCGUCGAACAGCUAGAGGGCGUCAUUGACGAUGAUUUCGAGUUCGGCCCGAUUCCGCAUGGCGCUGGCGCUGCUGGUUUAGACGCGUGGAUCGGCGAGGCGAUGGACCCAGCUGGGCACUUCCCUGCAGAGGCUGCGGAGGAGGGCUACGAGAACCACGCCUACGUCGCAGAUAUCGUCGCUGCUGGUCUUGACCCGCCUGACGGACCUGGCGGAGAGGAUGCUGCCCCCCCGGGUGAUGCCGUCGACGUGCCAGGUGCCAUCAACGUGGACACUUGGUUGGAGAACGUGGUGCGCACUCUGGUGGCGUUCAAGGAGGCUAACCUCUGUUGCGAUGCAGCUCCUGCAAAGCAGUAUGUUGGCCUUGUUGUAUUCAUUGACAAUGUUGCCCAGGAUGACGGCACCCUUGCAGAGGUUCAUAGAACGCAGUGGCUCGCAUGGGAAAUCGUGGCCGCGGGCAGAAUUGAGAGUGCUCGGCGGACAGUUCUUGACGAGAGGGGUGGCAUAAAAUUCUAUUCCACGGCCUACAUAGAAGACCUGCGCCCUAGAGUUGAUCGCGACGGCAUGCGGGUAUUGUUGCCGAACACAGGACACAAAAUGAUCAGGGCUAAAGGUCUCGCCAGGGAAAACAUGCCAGACUGUUUUGUUCACGUGAAGCACGUGUGCGACAGGAUAUUGGGAGGGGCUGAGGGCGACGUAGCAGCUGGGCUUGCUCAUGAGUGCCCCGCGUGUUCAUUCGACGUGCGUCUGCAGACUUUGACAGUUGACGCCGCCCUCCACCACUUGCGAGGGCAUCCAGUGGGGGGCGGCAUUUUGGCGGAGGGAUUUGCCCCGAGAGGGGACGGCUGUUUGUUCGACGUCUUCGCUAAUUCUGAUGUUUUUUGUAUCCCUUGCGAGGGCGUGAUUGCUGCCUGGUGCGGCAG